AUGGACGAUGAUGUAGCAGCGAACGCAACAUCUCAUUCACUCCGGGUCGAUUUGAAGCGUAACUAUGGUUUAAACAGCGUCAGACGUGACAAUGUCGCCUUCGUGGACCACGAAACCAUCGCGUUCUCCGUUGGAAAUUUGGUCCAGUUUUUGCGCGUAAAAAAUACGACCGCGAAAGAAGGGGAAGAGAACUUCUUUAUGCGCUCGCGUCGAUUACGGGGGAUUGGGGCAAUUGCCGUGCAUCCAGAGCGAACAUUUGUUGCGCUCUGCGAAGGUGAGAUCGGUUGCGUGAACGAGAGGAGAGAGGAAGAGGAAGAAGACGAGUGUGCUCGCGUCGACGUGUACGCGUAUCCGUCUCUCGUGUUGAAAAAAACUUUAAGAGGAGGUGCGAAAUCGAAAUACGCGCUCGCAAAAUUCUCGCCGGAUGGGACCAUGUUAGCAACGGUUUCGAGCGCGCCAGACUAUUUGUUGACUAUUUGGAAUUGGGAAAACGAAUCGUCCAUUUUACGUUGCAAAGCGUUCUCGCAAGAAGUUUUCGGUUUAUCGUUCUCACUGACUGUAUACGGGCAGUUGACGACGUGGGGGACCGGUCACGUUAGAUUUUGGAAGAUGGCUGAUACUUUUACCGGAUUAAAGUUACACGGAUCACUUGGGAAGUUUGGAGCGGAGCCAUUGUCGGAUGUUUGUGCGACGUGUGAAUCGGGCGAUGGAAAGAUAACUUUGAGCGGGACAGGAUCGGGUGCGAUAUUGGCGUGGAGUGGCGGAUUAAUCGAAACUAAGUUUUGUAUCGACGAGGAGAUUACAUGUCACGAUGGCGCGAUAAACUCCAUGCAUUUGCGCAGAGUCAUGAUGCGGGAUGAAAUGCGAGAGCAACAGCAGCGCGUGCAACUUAUUACUGCGGGAGAAGAUGGAUACGUGCGAGCCUGGGAUGCGGAUGAAAUUUGGACCAUUGUGGAGACGCCGGAGACACCGUUCGUGCAGAAGAUCAAGCCAAUAUUCGAGUAUUAUCUCGGGGACACGGUAAGCUGUAAGAAUUUAAUCGUCAGCGACGAUAGCAACAAUAACAAGCUCGUCGUUCAGAACGCAUGCGGUAGUUUACUCGAAUUAGACCUUGCUGACGGAACAUCGCAAGAAAUAUUUGAGGCGCACUCAGGGGCAAUUGCGGGAUGCGACGUUUCCUUCGUGAGCCCGCAUUUUUUCACAACCGGUGACGAUAAGACGGUUCGAUGCUACGACUACUCUCAGUGCAAGCUUCUUUUCACGUCAAGAUUCCAAGCGCGAGGGACUGUUUUGAAAGUCUUCCCGAAAGUAGUAGAUACGUCCUCGCGGUUAGUUUUAGUUGGUUUCAGUGACGGUGUCGUUCGCGUGCUUUUACGAAGCGAAGCGUCGUUUAUAGUUUUAGAGAGCGUCAAACCACACACAGACGCCAUCGUAUCGAUAGAUUGGAAUUCAGAAGGGUCCAAAUUUGCGACUGCAUCGAAAGAUAAGACGAUAUUCUUGUUUACUGUGGAAGCGAAAGGAAAACUUGCGCCGAUUGGUUUUGUUCGACUCGAUAAAGUCCCAAAGCAUAUCGAGUACGAUAAGUCAAAGAGUACCGCAGACAAGAAUGUCAUAGACAUUCAUUUUCAAAAGAAGGGCGAUAAGGUAGCUCGUCUUCUUUCGACAAAUUUGCCGAAGAUCAGUACGGAUACUUUCGAGCUCGAAGCCUGUUUCGUAUCGAUCGAAAAUACUUCUGUCGAAGAAGUGUGUUGUUCGCAAACCUCUCAUUCCGGCAGGUUUCUAGUUCAAGGGUUUGUAAAUGGUUCCGUAUCGUUGCGUAUUUUGAAUCAAAAUAGAAGUGAAGAGAAGGAAGGCGAAGAAGAGGCUGAUUUCGCUCAUGAGGAGCAAGUCUGGGUCGAAAAGAAGGUUCACGUAUCGAAAAUUACAGGUGUAGCUGUAACAUACGACGAUCAAUAUCUCGUGAGCGCGAGCGAAGACGGAUCGUUGCUUUUGUUUGAGUUGAAAUCAAAGUUUGGUUCUUAUAAAGUACCGGAAGGAUUGCGUGAAAGUAAUUUAGAUUAUGGGAAGGCAAUCGCUGAAGAUAUCGAGAUUGACGAGUUUCCUUCUAUGGAGCAAGCGAAAACGUUGGCGAGAGAGUCGCAGAUUUCCAACGACGCAGAGAAGACGAGAAAGCGAACAUUAGAGAAAUUAAACGAGCUUCGUAAAGAAUUUAAGUCGUUGAUCGAAGCAAAUAAGAAAUUGAAAAGUGUUGACAUACUUCCUGAAUCUGCUUUUGAGGUGGAUGUGGAUCUUCUUGAAAUCAUGAAAAAGAAAACAGCUGUCGAUGUCGAACGCGGAGAGAGAGAAAUGGCAUGUAGACUUGAACGUGCUGAAAUUAUUCUAGAAAGGCUUAAAAAGCGGUAUCGAGACGAUGUUGAAGCUUGUUGUGAAGAGCUGCAUGCGCAUUUUGAAGCGAAUAUCGAUGAUGAAGCGACGAGUCGAUACGAGUUUUCGUGCGAGUCCUUCAGUUUGAUGAAAGAGGACUCCAGCGAGGAGGACGAAGACGAGGAUCAAGAUUUCGACGAAAGGGCCGUAUUACCAGCCGGAGAUGCUUCUAUAAUUUCUGACGAAACUUCCACAAUCACAUCAAAUGUUGAGGCUCCGAGAGUGAGCGACAUUUACGAAGAAAUUAGCAGAGAAAAGAGCGAUCUCACAUCUCAAGAGAUACGAAGAAUAGAGCGUCAAAAGCGAUCGGAAGAGAUGGCUGCGUUCGAGCUCACAAGACCAAUCGACGAGUCCGAAACGAAUAUCGAAGAUGAUUUAGAAAUAAUCGAAGCUCGCAACCGCAUAAGUGAUUUCCCGUUGAAGUCGGAUCCUCUAGCAACGAUAGUGAAAGAAAAGCGAGCAAACGUGGAAUUGAAAGACGAUGCGUUGACUCGAGUCAAUGCAAAAAUUCGAGAGAUAAAAGUCGCGUUCAAUGCAGAGUUCCAAGCGUUGAAAGACGAAAGCGCAACACUGCCAAACGACGAAUACAACGAUAAAUUAAGAAAGUUGUGCCUAUCGAAAGCAAUAGCGGCGCGAAAGUGCAAAUCUCUCGAGUUGCAAAGAUUCAUUCUCGAGCGUGAACUCGAAAUAAUCGAGAAGAAGCACGACGCCGGUGAUAUAGCCUGGGAAAAGAAACUUUACGCUGCCGAAGAGAACAUGCGCGCAAAGAAAGCGUCGGUAAAGAAAUACACGAAACGAUACAAAGAACGCGAGACUAAUUUGAUCCACGCCGACAACGCCUUGCAGAAUUUGAUGAAAGUUUAUGAAAACAGUUUACCGCCAGGCGCCCCGAGAGCCAAACUGUUCAAAGUGUUUAUGCGCGACAUUGAAGAUGGAAUCGAAGAAAAAUGCCCGACCGGAUGCGAAGAAGACGUAUACGAAAGAGUGGUGCAGUUACGGACGAAGCGUCGCGAGCUCGAAGCGGCAAAAGUCGAUGCCAUGAACGAGUCCGAGAAAGCGAAGACGUUUUUAGAAGAAAAAGUAAAGGAGAUGGAAGUUGCCGUGGCGGCUUUGAAAGAUACUACUGCGGAUAAAGAAGUGUUCGAGAAGAAGAAGCAAGCAGAUCUGAACCAAAUAGAAAUUUACGUCACUUUGAAAGCGCACGAGAUUCUUCAUUUUGACGCAGACUCGACGGAUUCCGUUUCGAGUGUGAAGCUGGGAUCUGCCGAAAACGGUUUGGUUUUUGCAAACUCGGCGAUCGAGAAGUUGAAGCUCGAGAUUGAACAUCUGAAUGGUGAAAUAUCGUCCCUUAAAAAGUCCCAGCAAGAACUGAAGAAACAAUUUGCGGCUUUAGAGAUUGAACGAAAAGAAGAAGAAGUGAAAGAGCGCGACUUAGAGGCGAAAGAGAUAGAUGUCCAGAUGCGAAAAUUUGGUCAAAUUGUCGAUUUAGACGCGUUGGACACCAUGGCGAGAGAAGCGAGAGGGGGCGAAGAAUUGAAGAUUAAGUUAAGAGCGCAGGAAACCUAUCACGCGAAAGAAGCUGCGGAGUGGAGAAAGUCCAUCCAGCAAAGUAACGACGAGUACACAGCGCUCAUUGAACAGCACACUUUGCUUUUGCAAAAAAUAGCCGCUUCGAAAAGAGCGCUAUUGACGAAAAAGAGAGGAGCAGUUGCAAGCUAA